CUAUGUCUCUUCACCCACCAUCUUCUCGCUUUUGCAUGCCUCAUGCAGCUUCUUCCCGCCAUCCAAAACUCUCUUUGCCCAGGGUGAUUUGCAAUGCAACAUCGGAGAACAACAAGGCAAGACUUGGUCAUUGCACAAAAGUCCCCCGAAAUGUCACCAUGGAGAGCCUGAGAAAUGGUUAUCUUUUUCCCGAGAUUUUGAUUCGGGAGGCUGAACACAAUGAGAAGUAUCCGCAUGCAAAGUUGAUAAAGCUCGGCAUAGGCGACACCACACAGCCUAUUCCCCACAUCAUAACCUCGGCUAUGGCCCAGAAAGCACUUGCUCUUUCCACCGAUAUAGGAUACACAGGAUAUGGAGAUGAGCAAGGAAACAGGGAUCUGAGAGAGGCUAUCGCAAACGUCGUUUAUAAAGAUAAGGGAGUGAAGUGGGACGAAGUUUUCGUAUCCGAUGGUGCCCAAUGUGACAUUUCUCGCCUUCGGAUGCUCCUGGGAUCCGGAGUGACAAUUGCUGUUCAGGACCCAACUUUUCCGGCUUACGUCGAUUCCAGCAUAAUCGUGGGUCAAGCAGGGAAGUUCCUGGAGGAAACCGGGAAGUUUCAGAACAUCGUGUACAUGAGAUGUUGUCCUGAGAACGACUUCUUCCCUGACCUGACGACAACCCCGCGAACUGACGUCAUUUUCUUCUGCUCUCCCAACAAUCCAACUGGCGCUGCCGCGUCCCGACCGCAAUUAGAGCGACUAGUGGAGUUCGCCAAGGCGAACGGGUCGAUCAUACUUCACGAUUCUGCGUAUGCUUCGUAUAUUUCGGACGACAGCCCUAGGUCGAUCUUCGAGAUCCCCGGAGCCAAUGAGGUCGCAGUAGAGAUCUCUUCCUUUUCCAAGUUUGCUGGGUUCACGGGAGUCCGUCUCGGCUGGGCCGUCGUACCGAAGGAACUGAGGUACUCGAACGGAUUUCCGAUCAUAAAGGAUUUUAAUCGCAUCGUGUGCACGUGCUUUAACGGUUCAUCGAACAUCGCUCAGGCAGGAGGUCUAGCUUGCCUCUCUUCAGAUGGUCACCAGGCUCUUUGCAGAUCCAUAGACUACUACCACGAGAACGCAGACAUAAUCAUGGAUGCAUUCGCGUCUCUUGGAUUCAAAGUCUACGGCGGCAAGAACGCGCCGUACGCGUGGGUGCAGUUCCCGGGGCGGAGUUCUUGGGAGGUGUUCGACGAGAUCCUGGAGAGGGCCCACGUCGUGACCGUCCCGGGAGCCGGGUUCGGCCCCGGCGGCGAAGGGUACAUAAGAGUGAGUGCAUUCGGGCGUAGAGAGUGCAUGUUGGAAGCUGCAAGGAGGCUAAAGUAUCUACUGAAGUGACAAAUCUUUGGUUCCUACAUUAAUUAAUAGUCGGCGUGUGGUUCGCUUGUUCUGGUUUGGUUCCUGUAUGCUCCUCUCGCUCUGGUGGUUCUAGCCUGUGGGUGUCAAUGAUUUUUAUGGAUAAAGGAG